CGGGGCGGCGACGUGCGGGCUGCACUACUUUUCGCUCCAAUCGGCAGUUUGUGCCGUAUAUAAGCUGCGGGCGGGGCUCAGUUCGGUACGUUGGACGGAGCCAUCCACUCAACGCCAAGAUGAUGUGGAAGCCUUUCCUCCUCUUCUGCCUUGUGGCUGCCGCCGCCGCCUCCUCCGAGCAUGGCUGGAAGGCCGGCUCCGAGUACAAGUACCAGGUGCGCGGUCGCACUCUGACCGCCCUGCACCAGGUCGCCAACCAGUACGCUGGUGUCCUGAUGAAGGCCCAGCUCACUGUGCAGCCCAAGUCUGACAACGUCCUCAUCGCCAAGGUCAACAAUGCCGAAUACGCCAAAAUCAACGAGCAGCUGCCCGCUGGUUGGGGUACCCCCAUCCCCUCCAGCAAGCUGAGCUACCACCAGCUCCCCGUCAGCAGCAAGCCCUUCGAGAUCAAGCUCAAGAACGGAAUCGUCGAUGAGCUGAUUGUCAGCAAGAACAUCCCCACCUGGGAGGUUAACAUGCUCAAGGGUAUCGCUAGCCAGCUGCAGGUUGACACUCAGGCCGAGAACCUCAUCAGCUCUCGCAUCAACAACAAGCCCAGCCACGGCUCCGUCAACGGCGUCUACAAGACCAUGGAGGACUCCGUCACCGGCGAGUGCGAGGUCGUGUACGACAUCAGCCCCCUGCCCCAGUACCAGCUCCAGAGCCGCCCCGAGCUCGCUCCCAUGCCCCAGCUCCGCGGUGACGGUCAGCUGAUCGACAUCGUCAAGACCAAGAACUUCAGCCACUGCGAGCAGCGCCCCGGCUACCACUAC